AUGAAUCCCACCGUCCGCUCGCCCAACUCCCCCGGGCGUUCUACACGCCAGCCCGCCCCCCUCUACCGCCAUCGCCAACCACCACCACCGCCCUCGGACGACGAAGACGACGAGGAGGACGACUCCGAUGACGACGAAUUGGGCCGCCCCGGCUCCUCCGGCAGUGAUGCCUCUUCACACGCUACUUCUCCCCCUCAGAUGCGCUCCGCCUCGGCCACAACCUCUCCCCAACACGCGGCUCGUGCCAUGCCACAAGACGCCUCGGGUGGCCGCCGGCCCUCUGGCCGGGGCCCAUCCAUUGAACUACAGCGUCACCGGUCGAGACAUCAUUCACAGGGCUUCUUUGAGCCGUCCCUACCCACCGCUUCGUCAGACCAGAUGCCACCGGUUUCAGCCUCCCGUAUCGCGGCCCAGACCGCCAUGCAGCAGAUGAAGCGGCCCCAGACUGUGGCCAGCCCGCACGACGAUGGAGCGUCACGAUCCCCACGGCGAAACGGCAGUGCCUCCCCGCCUCUUAUGCCACUCCCAUUACGAAUCAACCAACCCUCCCCAUCCCUCGCGCCCCCAGCAGCGGGAAACGUGGCAACGACAGCAGCGAAUGUGGUCUUCCCGCGGGCCGGUACCGCACCGGCGGACGUACAGCAACCGGAAAAGCAAAAAAAGAAAAAGCUGUUCUCAAAACCGAAACAUAUCGGCAUCAGCCGAGACAAGGACCCCUUUGGUCGGGAUCGCGGGCUGCCAUCGCCUAGCAAGCUCCCUGGCUUAUCACGCAUCGUCAGCGCUUCAACCACCAGCCUGGCCGAUCUCCCUUCGAACAAUUCCUCCAUGUAUAACCUCUCGAACGCGUCUGUCAGCACCGUCGUCCCCGCCGAUCGGUCGCCCGCGCCCCCAGAGAAGGAUAAAGAUAAGGAUAAGGACAAACAUAAGCAUCACUUCUUGUCUCGGCAGAAGCUCAAGCUCAAAGAUCGGGAUGAUCACUUUAACCUGCCGCUCUCUUCGGCAUCGAGCAAUUCGCGUCCGGCAGAUCCCAAUGCUCCGCAAUCUCUAUAUUCGUUUACCAGCCCUGCCUCUCCGGCACCGGGUGCGACCUUUGGAAAAUCAGUCAGUGGACUGGAUCUGCUGCAUGGCGGACGGGCCCUCCGCGAGAAGAAAAAGGAAGAAAAGGCCCUCGCCGAGUCCGAGACAAUGGAGUGGCUGGCGAAUUCUACAAGCGGGGGAACCGCGCCUGGCGGACUGGCAGGGCCGUCCUCGCUGACCAGCUCGUCUGGAGUACUGGGUGAAGCUAUGCUGCGAGAGACACUACAGGGCUUUGGCUUGAAUAAUAUGUCGCCCGAAGAUGCCUGGGACUUUCUCAAGGCCAAAUUGCUUGUCAUUUUUGACGGCGAGGACGUGAGAAUUGCCAUUGAGGAUCUCAAUAAACUGGCGCUGGUCCAUCUGCAACGCUGUGUGCAUAAGCGGGCGCCUGCUGCGGUGAUUAUGGAUCUGCAGGAGCUCCUUGAGACCGGGUUUGCAACGCUGAACCACAGUUCACUAGUGGGCAUUCCUGAUGAGAAGCUCGUGCCCCACCUCGUUCAAAUCUGGAUGCUGGUGUUCGGCACGAUCCUUCCUUUCAUCCAGGCGGUCUUCUUGCCCUUGGACCUCGAAUUCAAGGGAGUUGGGUCACUGAUGACCAGCCGUGAGGCAGUUGAGUUCUGGGGUGCCCUGCCAUUUGGCGAGUCACUCGAUGUGCGCAAUCUGGUGUUGAUCGCCUUUCGGGACCGCAUCAUCCUGAACCGCUACGAAACCCUCAAAGCAACAUUCUCGCGACUCAGCCUGGACAGUAUCAACUCGGGAUUCCCUACGCUGAGCGUCACGGCCAAAAGCGCCGGUGCUGGCGGCCGCCCGGGAACCGCCGCAUCCCUCGACGCCGGCCUAGGCAGCUACAACUCCCAGUCUUCCACCCUGCUCAGCACUGUCGCAGACAGCUACUCCUCCGACUCGAUGAGCGCGCUGGCCACCCACCCGCGUCCACUGAGCAGCGACUCCCGCAGCCGCGCUGCGUCCAAUACCUCUUCAAACCCAGACCCGGGCAUCUUCUCGGCCCGCCCCACAGUCAUCCACCGCGGCAACUCGGCCGACUCCUCACACGUCAUCACCGAGACGGUCGGCCGCAUGCUGCAAUGCGUCAGCGUCCUCGCCAGCGUCCAAACCAAUGACCAGUCCCAAGAAAAAAUCGAAGUCCUCAGCAAAGCUCUCAAGCACAACUGGCUCGGCCGUGGCCGCACAGGCCGAGACCGGCGCGGCUUCGUCGGGGCCAAGAUCCGGCCUGUCAUGGUGGGCGGUUCGCCUGCGCUGGACGACGGCGAGUCUCUGACGACGGCGGGGAUCAGCAUUGGUGCGAGCACGAGCACGAGCGGAUCGCGGGCUCGGGGGGACUCGUCUUCGUCGGAAUGGAGUGGGCCUGGGUUAGGGAUGAAUGUGCGGAGUGGUGGGAGGCGCGAAUUGAGCGUUCUUUGA